ACUUUCAAUUUAACUGAAAGCUAUAAUCUGAUAAAGGAUGAAUCAUUGAAAUGGAAUCCAUAUCGCCCUAAUUGUUAUAUUGGGUUUAGAGCAAACAUUCCUCACUCAAUUAUAUUAGGUGUGAUGUGGUUUAAUGCUGAUAGUAUUCAGGGAUUUCAAAAUAUACGUAAUUUUGUCAGUAUGGAUGAUAAAAUUAAGAAAUUUAGCUGGUUGAAGUUUAACCCUAGAUCAGGUGGCAGACAAAUUAUUAAAGAUGAUUUGUUGAAGAUUGAUAUUAUUGUUGAUUUUAUUAAAAAUAAAAAAAACUUGAAUAAUUGGGGAUUAAAAAUCACAGGCGUUAGUACAAGUCCUUUGCAUCAAAACUCCAAAAUUUCAAUAAUUACAUACAUCGGUCUUGAAAGUGAAACAUUUGAUGAAGAUCGAAUUUAUAAAAAACAGAUUGAGUUUGAUCCUGAUGAUUCUAACACCUAUGAUAUGGAGGAGAAUCCCGAUUAUUUAACAUUGAGUGACACUAAAACUGAUAUUAACGGAUUUGAAGGUUCUAUCAAACUAAAUGGCUUUACGAAGGAUUUUGGCAAGUUUGACAUUGAAAUCACUGAUUAUGCUCAAAUGAAUAAACAUCCCGAUUUUGAUAUGACAAGAGUCACUUUAGAAGAAAGAAGAAUUUAUGAAUCAUUGGGUCUUGAUUCUAAAAAAAAUCAUCAUUUAGAAAUUGUAGUUCCAAAUGAAAACGUAUGGAGAGCAAAGGAUAUCUUUUUAACAAUGUUGCAAGAAAGCAUCCGGGAUUUAUCUGAAAAAUAUCGAACAGCUAUAAAUUUACAAUCUCUACCGGCUUGCAAUGGUUUGAUUUUAAGAGAUUUAUAUGAUUACAGAGGUAAUUUACAUUUUAUUCAAAAGAUUUACGAAGGAGACUUUGAAUAUGAGAUUCUAUUUAAUCAAAGAAACAACGAUUCAAGAAUAACUUCAAAAAAUAUUAAUAUUAAAAUAACAGAAAAUUUGAUAUCAUUUGAUGAAAAGUUCAAUCAAAAAUUCAAACUACAAGCACCAUUUAAUAAACCAAAGUAUUCAAAUUUUGCAAAGGAAAUCAUUUCUAGUUUAAUGGGUGGAUUAAGCUAUUUUCAUGGAAGUCAAAUUGUUGAUAGGGUCACAGAAAUUGACGAGGAAAACUUUUCAGAAGUAGAAUUGACAAAUGGUAAAUUAGAAGGUCCAUAUGAAUUAUUGACAUUGGUGCCUACCAGAAGUUUUUUUCCAAGAGGAUUUUACUGGGACGAAGGGUUUCAUUUAAUUUCAUUGAUUGAUUUUGAUUUUGACUUGACCCUAGAAAUAUUAAAGAGUUGGUUUAAUUUAAUUGAUGAUGAUGGAUGGAUUGCUAGAGAGCAAAUAUUGGGACCAGAAUCUAGAAAUUUUGUUCCCAAGAAAUUUCAAACUCAGAAUGCUAAAAUUGGGAAUCCACCAACAUUAAUGUUAUUGUUUUCUGAAAUAUUGGAAAAGUUACAUGAAUUGAAACCCCAUGAAUUAAAAGGUAAUUAUUCGGGGAGCAUAAAUGAAGAGAUUACAGACAAACAAUCAACAGAUUUACAUUUGACGCAUCCCAGAUUAUUAGUGGAUUAUGCCCGAAGUAUUUAUCCUAAAUUGAAAAAACAUUACUACUGGUUUAGAAAGACUCAAAAGGGAGAAACAGAAGAGUUGGAAAGAGAAUAUCCAUCUAGUGAAGAAGCUUAUAGAUGGGUUGGUAGAACUGAAUUGCACUGUUUACCAUCAGGGUUGGAUGAUUACCCAAGAUGUGAAAAUGCAGAUUCAACAGAAUUAAAUAUCGAUUUAAUGUCAUGGGUUGGUGUUAUGAGCAAAGCUAUGAAGGAAAUUGCCCGGUUGUUGAAUUAUGAGGAUGAUUAUAAGAAAUUUGAUGAAAAUGAGCGAAGAAUAGUUAAAAAUAUUGAGGAAGUAUUUUGGUCAGAAGAAUCAAAAUGUUACUGUGAUAUUCAUAUGAAUUUAGACGACGAGGAUGAGCUUGUUUGCCAUAAAGGAUAUAUUUCACUCUUUCCAUUUUUAUUGAAAUUAAUACCUGUUGAUGAAAGUACCGAAUCGGAAAAGCAUAUAUUGAGCAUCAUUAAGUUGAUAUCGGAUGAGGAUGAGUUAUUCAGUGAGUUUGGAAUUCGAAGUUUAAGUCAAAAGGACGAGUAUUUUAGAACAGGAGAGGACUAUUGGAGAGGAUCUAUAUGGGUUAAUAUAAACUAUUUAAUUUUAGAGAGCGUCAAGUAUUAUGUUGAAAAGAGUGAAAAUAGUGAAAUUAAAAGGUUGGGCGCCAAGUUAUAUGGAGAGUUACGAGUUAAUUUGGCAAUGAAUAUUUAUAACGAGUGGGUUAGAACAGGAUUUGUUUGGGAGUCGUAUUUUGAAAACGAUGGGAAAGGAAAAGGAGCCAAUGGGUUUACAGGGUGGAGUUCUUUAGUGGUUAACAUUAUGAAAAUGCCUGAAGAGAUUAAUUGA